AACAGUAAAAUCAGAUCAGUGUUACGUGUGAGAUGAGGUCCUUAGCAGUAAUUUUAAUAUUAGUUUUAGUACAACGAUCAACCGUAGCUACUGACUCCGUCAAUCCGUGUGAGGGAAUCCUAACUGGGACGUUGAUUGAUCCGGACUCUUGUUACAAAUUCGUCAUCUGCUAUAAGGAGGAACCGGAGUUUAUGACCUGCCCUGAAGGGACUAUUUUCUCCAUAGAUGAAGUAGACUGCGUUCCAGGAGAUCAGGAAACUUGUACAGAGGGAUUCCCGAACGAGCCUGAGGAGGGAAAUCCAUGCAGGGGAAUCGUACUUGGUCGCUUUCCUCACACCGAAACUUGCACCAAAUACAACAGCUGCGUAUUUGGUCGACAACGUGAACAAUCCUGCCGGAAAGGCUACGUAUUCUCCGAUCGGUUAUUCAUCUGUCUACCAGGAAACUCCGAAUCCUGUCAAGUACAAAUCUUUCCUACAACUACAACACCAGCUCCAGAGGACAUCAAACCGAUCCCGGUGGACUAUUGUGUGCGCAAUCAAAAAGCCAUCGGUCGACUGCCGCAUCCUCAGUUCUGCACCCGUUUCGUAGAAUGUCGUAUGUGGAUUCCACAGGAAGUUCUCUGUCCGAGCUGGAUGGUGUUUACCGACAGGUUGAACAUUUGUCUACCCGGAGACCCAAACACAUGCCGGACAAUUCUGGGUCCUGGUGCUAGUACGCCCGCACCCAACCCUCCAACUAGUACCCAUCCUCCGAUAUCGGAUGAUAUCUGUCCGCCGAAAACUGUGGCGGUAAUUCCGCAUCCAUACUAUUGCUACAUGUACAUUACCUGUAUCCUUGGUAGAGCCAACGAGCAGGUGUGUCCAUCGUACCACGUGUUUUCGAAUAAGCAUUCGGUGUGUCUUCCUGGCGAUCGGGAAACCUGUACGGUUUACUGGGAAUGAGAGUCUCAAGUGAUCAAUUCGUUCUGUGAUAUAAAAUAU